AUAUGCUUUUACAGUGAGAUAUUGUAUCUUUGACUGCUCUUAGUUGUAAUUUUCUUUAGCUGAGUUAAAGAAUCAAGUACUUUUAUAUUUUUUUAUUUAGCAGUUCCCAUAAGGACACCAAGCGUCUGACAUGGGUCUUUCUCAGAUGUUUGGGUUAAAGUUCCCAGUUGUUUCCUCAGCCACACUGCCACCUAAAUAAACAGUUCACAGAGACCAGUUUAGUGGUCUGCUCCAAGCCCAUAGACCCACAUCAAAUACGCUUGUACACUUGUGCUUAUACAGCUGACUGCCAGGAAUUUGAGAGAUCAUUUUUACUUACAAGCCACAUGGGAAUGUCUAAAUAUGUAUAUAAUCAUAAUCAAAAUGUAAUCAUGGAGACAAGUUCAUAUAUACCAUGUGUGUACCUCUUGCAGGCCACUGUGUUGCGUAUUGAAGCUAUUGAAGGCAAUGUUUGCAUGAGUUCAGAUCAAGAAAUCAUUCAAAUUCUUCUUAAGGUCACAACUAUUGAAAUUUGAAAUGUAACAUGUAGAUAAGAGUUUGAUGUCUUACAUACAAUUACAUUACACAUUUCUGCUUCCACACUAAUGUGCAUCCCUACAUUUUAAAAUACUAAAAUAAGAAUAUGAUUAAUUGUGCAUAAUUAAAAAGAUAACAAAAGUCAGAAAGCAAAACUGUUAUUACGUAGUACUAAUAGAUGUAAUAAAUAGUCCUUUUCUUGAGAUCUCAAACAUCACAUGACAAAGCUUCAAGGGCUCCAUCCUGUCAGGUUGUCAUGGGAACCGUGUAUCCCUCCCCACUCUGCUUUGUAGUCCCUCAGGAGAGCGCUGUGCACCUCUGAUUCCCCGGUGCACGGCUGAAAACAAAACCAAUCUCUCUCAACCUGUUAGAUAAUAUCCGAAUGAGAACCUGCAUCCUGUGAAAUGCAUGAGGGAGCAGGCGCCUGUGACAUGUCUUUAAACAAACUGUAGUGCUUCCUCGAAUGUGUGUGGAAGCUGAGAAAGGGAACAAACACAUCUCAUUUAGAUUAAUGAAAGGCUGUGCACUUGGGCACCGAAUGUUAUGAUCACACUGUUUGAGGAGUGGCUCUACUUUGCAGAUGAACAAUAUAAUUUCACCAAGGUGGUGCGUUCAGGUCUUUUAUUAUUCCAGCCGCUGAACGAUAUAAAAAUUCCCACACAUUUAAUUCUGUAAAUGCAAGGGUUGCAAAUGUAGGCAGUUGAGGACACACCCUAGAAUAGAUGAUAUAGGCCUCAAAUGGACUUCACUGUCACAAUGUCAGCGAGUUCCUAGUCUCACAUUUUCCUCGUCUGCAUUUUUUCUCCUGCCAUGUACUAACUGUUCCGUCAUUUAAGAGCCUGAAAGUCCCACCUGCCCCGCAAUGACCCCUGUUUUGCGGCCAUUUCCCUUACCCACCUGCACACCUGUUCCCACUUUCCUAUCAGACCAGUAACAUAUUUACCGGCCAGUUCCAUUUAUUCCCCCGUCUGCCUCAAUUUCCAAACCAUUUUCUCUGCCUUUUGCCUGUAACGACCUCUGUCUGCCUUAUGGACUCCUGCUCUCCAGCCUAUUGGAUACAUUGGCUUCAUCUCUCCUGCAUGCAUGUUUUUUACAUUUUCGACGUUGAGUAAACUUUUAAUUGUACUUGUUUGUCUUGCUGUUGGGUUCAAACCUGUUUUUACUGAGCACAAUUGCAGCAAUGGCACUGUAUGAAAUGCUUAUGUUGUAUUUUCUGUUUUUCCUUUUCUCUCUUUUAUAAUUGUUAAUUUUUUUUAUUCUCUUGAUUAUGAAGUGCAAAGGCCAUGUGUUUUUGUUAAGUAUAGUGUAUGUUGUGUAUGCAUGUAUAGUCUCCGUAUGUUUUAGUCCUCGGUUCACCUGCAGGAGGAGCUGUGGCUCGCUGCAGCCUCUCUGGAGCAGAAGAGAGAGAUCCCUCUUUUUCUCCUUCAGUGGCAUGAAUAAUAUCCCCAGUGCUGGAGAGAGAGCAUAUCAAGAGGCAAACGGGAAGGGGAGAGAGAGAUAGCAGCCAGUGUGACAGAUAAGAGCGUGGCAGAACUUGUCUCCCUGACUGCACCGUGGGCCGGGGAAAAGAGAGAGCAAGUGCACCAGAGUGUCAGGCAAGGCUGCUGCCUGCGUACACACAAACACUCUCUCUCUCUCACACACACACACACACACACACACACACACACACACACACACACACACACAGACACACAUACACACACAGACAGACCCCUCAGCCCGGCUGCACCAGAAGAAGUUCAGAGAGAAGACUGACCUACAGUCAGAAGGUACAGUAUGUUUGUGCAUCUCUAGCCUGAGAAUCAUAUCUCCUGCAGCCGUGUCCCCCUCUUUACAUCUGAAGCACUUCUAACAGAUCAGCUGUGUUGCGCUCAGUUGAUGCUCCACUUUGUUUUCCAGGUGGGUUCGCAGAAGUUUGGUCUGUGGAUUAAGUUGAAUAUUAUGGCUUUCCUCAAACUAAGCCUUCUCGUCCUGUAGAGGAGUUGUGUGUUUCCCCUCUAGAAGAACUUGUCUCGUGUUUACAGCCUGAGGGAGGAUGGAGAAGCUGUCAGGGAAAGACAAGGAGCUGAUACGAGGCAGCUGGGAGAGCCUGGGCAAGAACAAAGUUCCUCAUGGUGUCGUCAUGUUUUCCAGACUGUUUGAGCUGGACCCUGCGCUCCUCAGUCUUUUCCACUACAGUACAAACUGUGGCUCCACACAAGACUGCCUCUCCAGCCCUGAGUUCCUGGAACAUGUCACCAAGGUGAUGCUUGUGAUCGACGCAGCAGUCAGCCACCUGGAUGACCUUCACUCCUUGGAGGACUUUCUGCUCAACCUCGGGAGGAAGCAUCAGGCAGUGGGAGUCAACACACAGUCAUUUGCUAUGGUGGGUGAGUCCCUUCUCUACAUGCUGCAGUGCAGUCUGGGUCAGGCAUACACGGCGCCGCUGCGUCAAGCCUGGCUCAACAUGUACAGCAUUGUGGUAGCAGCCAUGAGCCGAGGGUGGGCCAAAAACGGCGAGGACAAGGCUGACUGAGGUGCACAGCGGGGAGCUGCUUAGCAGAUGCUGUCAAAUCACUCGACGUGGUUGCCAUGGAAUGCUGUACAUUUGCUCUGUGAGUGGGGUCGCAUAGCGUAGCAAAUGUAUGGUGUGGUUACACUUUACAAUUGGAUCGACCAAUCGCAGAGUUUAUUUUCUUUGCUGUGGAUGUUUAGCUACCAGGCAUUGCUGCUGUACAGCUGUGAGGAUCUGAGCCAGCCUGCUUAAGUUCUUCUAAGUCUGGACAUGUAAUCUGAGCGCCUCACACUGAGAAAAAGCAACAUCUGUUGAGUCUCUUUGUAUAUAACGGCUUUUAUAUAUCUACUCAAAUGAUAACAGUGACUGUAGUGGUCUUUGUGAUGUAUCUUAAAAGAGUUGCACAAUUGUGAAACACUAGAUAUUAUAUUAGGCAUCACACACUACUCAAACUGUAAUGGUUACUGUGGCCAGCAUGGGCAGCUCUCUAUCUAACUGGAACACAGUGAUAAAUUACAAAACAUGUUAAAAGUUUUGGGACAAAGCAAUGUGAUUUUACAGAAGAAAAUCCUAUCACCUUAAUCAUAAUCAUUACUGUUUUCUAUUGAUAUUACACAUCAUUUUGUGUGUGACUUUGUUAUCCAACAUUUAACUUAUUGAUGAUAAGCAAAGCAACUGUUAACAGUUAUAUUCAAGAGAUACUGACAAGAACUGUUAUACUCUCUGAUAGCUUUCUUCAGAGAUCUAUGACUGUUAACGUCCACGUGCACCUUUCUUGACAUGGUGUGUGAUGCUCUCCUCAGUAGAGGUUGUGAGUAUUUCAAUAGGCUUCAGCUGACUGUUAAACUCUAACCAAUAGACUGUUAUGUGACAUUUUUAGAGUUUAAAACUAAAAGGGCAUCUUGGAGGAAUUUUAACAUCUUUGUUCCUUGGUCUAUCAGUUUCCAGUCAUUUUUAGUGUUAAGUAGUUUUGUUGUACUGUAGUUGCUUAUUUCAGUAAUGCUUAUUAACUGUGUUGUUGUGGCUACAAACGUAGUAUUACCUCAGCUGUAGAGGUGAAGAUAAGUAGGGUGGCCUGUGUUUCUCCAGCACAGAGCACAUGGACGUGUAGCUGGAAGCUAAUAUGUGUUUUUGGAUUAUGAAACAAAGACAAACUUAAUUGAUUUCCUUUUUAAUUUAUUAAUUGAAACGAAUAAUACAAAGAUACUGUGUGCUGACACUGUCCAAUAUGUGUGUAUUAUUAUUUCUGCCAUAACACUGUAUGUAUCAUCCUCAGCUGUUAUUUACAUUCAUGGUCAUGAUGCCAAGUAACUUAGCAACAGUGCGCCAAGUAUUAGAUAAUAACACCAUACAACUGUAAAUCCAAGCUGCUGAUAUGUGGUUAUUAUUGCUUUAGUCUGAGUUUACAUUUAUAAAGUUUAUUUUUAUAUUCUGAAAUGUGUAUGUGUAGUUAAAGAUUGAUUUUCUUCAUUUAAUCAAAGUAAUACAAAUAUUAUUAACUUCUAAAUGUGCAAUCCUUUGAGAAUAUUAUAAAAGCGUUUUCUAUUGAACCCACAGGUGUAAUGUCUAGUAACUGACUGUGUAGGUGGUGUAUUUGUAGUGAUUUUUUCUUAGUACACAACCCUAUGCAGGUUGUUGUUCUCCAUGUCUCUGUUUUCAAUUACGUGGCAUUAAGUCUUUUUAGCAGGCAUGACUGACAACUGGCAUGUUAUCCCAUUAACAUCCAGCUAUGUACAUAUUGGGUGUGUCACUGUCUACCUCAUCAUUAUCAGCUGCUACCGAACAGCGAUGACUUCACCUAGUUAUCCUUCAACCAAAAACGCACAUUAUUAUUAGAGUUAAUGCAAGCACGCACUCUUUGUAAACUGGAUUCCAUCCUAUACUUAAAAAAAAAAUGUUGUGUGCUUACUUGAGACUAAAUAAAGUGAUCUUCUGUGGAUAUUUUACUGCUAAA